AUGGCAAUUGGAACUCGUCUUCAGUACCUGGCAGUGUGCACUACACUAUUUGGGUCAGCUCUCAGUCAAGUUGUGUCUGGAUCGGAUUACAACAAACCUGAUGCAGGUCCCCCAGCAAGUUACUUCAGUGCCACGGCUACCAUGCCCGUUGCUGCUCUGAAGUCUGCUGCAGCAGAAUGCACAAAGGUCCCUGCCCACGCUACAUAUCCUAUCAGCGAGGGAUCGUCUAUCAAGUCAACUAUCUAUAGUGAUUGGUCGUCAUUUAGCAAGGGCGCCGCGAUUGUGUUCACGGCCGAUAUGGACGUCGACUGCGACGGGCUCGAUUACAAGUGCAAGGGCAAUCCUGAUGGCCAGUCAGAAACAGACUGGGGUGCCCUCGCAGCAUACGAAGUCCCUUGGAUUGUUAUCCCAGAUAAGUACGUCACGGCCAACUCUAAGAAGUUACCUGGAAAUAACAUUGCUGCUGUGAUCUGCAACGGAAAAAUGUUCUACGGCAUUCUGGGCGAUACAAACGGCGACGACCCCGAAGUCACUGGAGAGGCCUCGUGGCUUAUGGCUCGUACCUGUUUUCCUGACGAGGACCUUAACGGAGAUAGUGGCCAUACUCCUGCUGAUGUGACUUAUAUUGUUUUCCUGGGUGACAGUGCCGUGCUCCCAAGCAGCGCUUUGAAUACCCACUAUAUCACCAACUUUGGAACCCUCAAGUCCAUGGGUGAUAGUCUUGUCAAUGCGCUCGCUUCCAAUCUUGGUCUCAGCGGCACUAAGACGACCUCUGCAACUACCUUGACUACCACCACCACCGCUUCAACAUCCACAGCUUCGUGCUCUUGGGAAGGACACUGUAAAGGUGCUUCUUGCUCUAGUGAUGAUGAUUGCUCUGGCGAUCUUGUCUGCACUGACAGUGUUUGCUCUGUAGAUGAGGAUUGUUCAUGGUCAGGACACUGCGAAGGCGCCUCCUGCUCCAGUGAUGACGACUGCUCUGGUAAUCUGGUCUGCAAGGACAGUGUUUGCAGUUCUAGCUAG